CUUCCAGGCUUGAAACAGAAAUAGACCAGCCUGUAGGUGGUACUCUGAGGUGUAAUUUUCCACUACGACCCGGAUAGUCGGUCGAACACUUGGUUGCAGCACUGCAGCUUUUCCCCUGCUUUCAUUUAAUAUCUGUUUUUAUUUGGCGUCGCUGGGCGCAGAUCUAGACUCACCGAGGCAGGUCUGAGGAGAGAACUCAGUUAGCUAGCUAACCAUUAGCUAGUUUGUGCCCACUUUAAUCAUUUACAGCUUGUUGGCUCUUAAUACUCGUUUUUAGAAAAGUCGAUACUGUCAGCGAGUGAAGACUGUCUUGAGAAGAAUAAUGGACUUCGUUGCUGGCUGCAUAGGAGGUGCCGCUGGGGUCCUAGUGGGACAUCCAUUUGACACUGUAAAGGUCAGACUUCAAGUACAGAGUGCAGACAAGCCUCUCUACAGGGGAACCUUUCACUGUUUUCAGUCCAUUGUGCGGCAAGAAUCAAUGUUGGGACUUUACAAGGGCAUUGGUUCUCCUAUGAUGGGCCUCACUUUCAUCAAUGCCAUCGUCUUUGGUGUGCAGGGGAACACCAUGCGUCUACUGGGUCAAGACACGCCCGUAAACCAAUUCCUGGCAGGAGCAGCUGCUGGGGCUAUUCAGUGCAUCAUUUGCUGUCCCAUAGAGCUGGCCAAGACGCGCAUGCAGAUGCAAGGUACUGGUGAGAAGAAGUCAUCCACUCGCAAGGUCUACAAAAACUCCCUGGAUUGCCUGGCUCGCAUAUACCAGCGUGAUGGCUUGUGGGGUGUCAACAGGGGCAUGGUGACCACCCUCAUCCGUGAGACGCCAGGUUUUGGUGUGUACUUUCUGACCUAUGAUGUGCUGACACGUUCACUAGGCUGUGAGCCAGAAGACCCCUACAUGAUCCCUAAACUACUGUUUGCUGGAGGCAUGUCAGGCAUCGCUUCGUGGCUUUCUACAUACCCAGUGGAUGUGAUUAAGUCUCGACUGCAGGCAGAUGGUGUUGGAGGCAAGUUCCAGUACAGCGGUAUUAUGGACUGUACACGGAAGAGCAUAGAGCGAGAGGGCUGGCGAGUGUUCACACGUGGCCUGACCUCUACUUUACUCCGAGCAUUCCCUGUCAAUGCAGCCACUUUUGCCACUGUAACACUAUUCCUCAUGUAUGUGCGCCAAGAAGAAGGGCCCAAAGACUGCGAACCUGCCCCUCAACACCAUGCUGCGUUACAGCAGCAAGUGCAGCCAUCCAGCCUGUGAUACGGUCUCUAUUAAUGGGGCUGGUGUGUAUACUUGUGCUUGGGGGCAAAUUGAUAAGCAGAAUCACAGAGUAACCACUCAGUCUGUAAACAGUAUAAAUGACUUGUGCAGUGUAAAACUGCAUAUGUAUAUAUUUUUAUUGUGGUAUAAAGGGAAAAAAGGUUUUUAGCAAAGAGAUUUGCUAAUUUUGAUUGUAUGUACAUAUUCUUUUUUUCCUGCCUUAUAAGAACACAAAUUUAGUCAAAAGAAAGUUGGUGGAAAUCUGAUUUUAAAACUACUGUCCACAAGAGUUAUCCCUGCCUCUCCCCUUUGUACACAGCAAAAGUAUUGCUGCUGGCAUUGUUAUUGCACACUGCGACAAAGAGGCUUGAAUUACUGUAGCAUUGGAAGUUACCAACAACUGCAUCCCGUUACUGAACACAUUACUGUAAAUGGCAAUUACAGAAAUGCUACCUCAUCUAAUACAGUAGUUCACAAUCCAGAUGUUAAAUUCAGACUUAAGUGCAUUAUACAAUGCUUACUUGUUUGUAUAAAACAAGCUUGAAAAAAUGAAUACACCCUUUUUGUCAGUAGUGUUUAACUGCUUACAAAUGGAAAACAUCCCCAUUUUCCUAGGAAAAAAAUUGAUAUACUGAGCCAAAAUUAAUUAUUAAUUGCUUUUGCAUAAAAUUAUUAUGAAUGUAGUAUGGAUGGAAAUCCCAUACCUGUUUUCAAUUGCAGUAAUCUAUUUUAAUGAUUAUUACAAAAAUAUGUUUAUAAAUAGUUAGCUUCCUAAAAGUUUUGUGGCCCAGCUAAUAAAGUAUUUGAAUACUGAAAGAAAACUGACAAUGAACCAAAUUAUGUCAUUCAUUCUGUCAAAAGGUUCGCAAAAUCCUCCAGGCUGCAACUGCAGACUUGUCUUUUGCUGUUCAAAAUGGAUGCAAUUAUUAUUUUUUUUCUUUUAUAAAAGAACUCCAUUAUUGAAGCUUGAGACUUGUCAUUUCUUAAGAUAACCAUGGUCACUGUGGUGUCGGCAUAUUUACUUUUAAUCAAUAAAAACAUUUAAAGGAGCUAUGUAUUACAGGCAAAUAUUGUGUCUGCUUUGGCCGAAGCAUGUAGUUUGUCCCAGCCCUGUUGUAUAACAAGCAUUUGUUUUCUUACAUUAUAUGUGAAUAUCAAAGAUUACUCAUUGCUUUUUGAAGGAGAGGAAUUGUAAGUUUGAUACUGGAUACUGGAAUAUAAAGAAAAGAAAGAAGGAAAAGAAACAAAGAUGGACUUGGACUUUCUGUGGAGAAAGAAGAAUGAAUCCCAUGACAAUCAUGGCUUCUAGUAGAAACCGCAUUGUAGUGGGUUAUCAGAGAAACUGAUGCACUUUUGUAAAGAUGAAAGUCUGCUGUGUUUAAAACGUCUGAUCAGGUGAUAGUUGUAUGCUGUACUUCUUGUGCACAUUACAUAUUCCAUUGAAACCUGAGCUAUAGAGAACGAGGAUAUAAUCCAUUUUACUUGUUACCUAAAAAUGUUAGCUUAGUGUUUUGAAUGUUAAAUGAACAUCUCUAAAGUAGUUGCUCUGCAUACUUUAAAAAAGGGCACUCUCUUCUUUUAUGUUUAAAUGGAUUCUCUGCAUGGUGAAAUGGUUCUUCAGAUUGAUGGAGAAUGGGUGGUAUAUGGUUCUGUAUGGCACCAAAAAGAGUUCUUCUGUUUUAAACUUGAUGUGGAAACAAUAGCAGAACACCUUU